ACACAGCCAGUCGACCGACAUCACCACAGGGACCCACAUCUGUACAGAAACUGUCAGAGGUUGAGAUGAGUAUGGCGUUUGGCUUCGAAUUCGAUAAACCAGGACCAGCCGAUUUGCGCGAUAGUUUACGAGCGAGGUUAAAACCUGAUGAACUGCAUCUACUGAUGAAUCUGGUAGAACCAGUGCGCAAUCUAUAUUUAGACAAAUGGAUGGGACUUACAUCAGGUAUGACGUGUGAGCGAUGGAGUUAUGCAUGGCUAAUGAAAGAGUGCUACAAGCGUUGUGUAUUCAUAUAA